AGCGGCGCAGGCGCAUGUAGGGAAGAGGUGGUGGCAGCGAUGGCGGCGGAGGAGGCGCGACUGCUGGCGUGGCUGCGCGGGGCGGCGGCGCCCGGCGGCCCCGAUCUCGCCGCCUACGUGUCGGAGCUGUCGGCGCUGGGGCUGGCGGAGCUGGGCCGGGAGCCGGAGCGCCUGGCGGCCGAGCGCGCGCGGGUGGGCGCCGACACGCGCCGCCUUGCCUUCGAGCACUACCGCGCCUUCAUCCGCUCCGCGGAGUGCACCGGCCGCGCCGGCCGCGGCUUCGGAGGCAUCGAGAGCCGUCUCGACAGCCUCCUGCAUCGCCUGCCCGCGCUCCAGGCCGCCUGCCGGAAUUUCAUGCGUGAUGCAGAGGAGAUCGCCUGCAGCCGGCGCAUGAACAGCCUGACACUGAACCGGCACAUGGAGAUCCUGGAGAUCCUAGAGAUCCCACAGCUCAUGGACACCUGUGUCCGUAAUGGCUACUAUGAGGAGGCGCUGGAGCUCGCUGCCUACGUGCGCCGGCUGGAACGGAAGCACAACAGCAUCCCUGUCAUCCAGGGCAUCGUGGACGAGGUGCGCCAGUCCACCCAGCUAAUGCUGAACCAGCUCAUCCAGCAGCUCCGCACCAACAUCCAGCUGCCGGCCUGCCUGCGCGUUAUCGGCUACCUGCGCCGCAUGGAUGUUUUUACGGAGGCUGAGCUGCGCAUCAAGUUCCUGCAGGCACGGGACGCCUGGCUGCGCUCCAUCCAGGCCUCCAUCCCUGAUGAUGACCCCUACUUCCACAUCACCAAGACCAUUGAGGCCUGCCGCGUCCACCUCUUCGACAUCGUCACUCAGUAUCGUGCCAUCUUCUCUGACGAGGAGCCGCUGCUGCCUCCUGAAGGGCAGGCCCUCAACGAGGGAGCCAUCUUCCACGGCUGGGUGCUGCAGAAGGUCUCUGAGUUCCUGCAGACGCUGGAGCGUGAUCUCCAGCGCGGGGUGGGCAGCCGCCUGGACUCUCUGCUGGGACAGUGCAUGUACUUUGGCCUCUCCUUCAGCAGGGUGGGGGCUGAUUUCCGCGGGCAGCUGGCCCCCCUUUUCCAACGUGUGGCCGCUGCCACUUUCAGGAAGGCAGUGGAUGAGACUGUGGAGAAGUUCCAAGAGGAGAUGAAUUCCUACACGCUCAUCUCUGCUCCAGCGGUCCUGGGGGCCAGCACGGGGGUGCCGGUGCCCACGGCCCAGCCAGGGACGCUGCAACCACCCAUGGUGCUUCUGGACUUCCCACCCCUCGCCUGCUUCCUCAAUGGCCUCCUCGUGGCCUUCAACGACCUGCGGCUCUGCUGCCCUGUUGCCUUGGCCCAGGACGUCACCACCUGCCUGGAGGAGGCACUCAGCGAGGUGACCAAAACCAUCCUGGCCUUCCACCGUGCGGAGGAGGCGGCUUUCAGUGGACGGGAGCAGGAGCUCUUUGUCCAGUUCUGCACAGCCUUCUUGGAGGACCUGCUGCCCUAUCUCAACCGCUGCCUCCAAGUCCUCUUUCCCCCAUCACAGAUUGCGCAGGCGCUGGGUGUCCCCCCGACCCAGCUGCAGCGUUUUGGCCGGCUGGGCCGCAUCGAUGUGGCUGCUCUCAGGGAGCCUCUGGCUUUCCUCCUGCCAGCACUGAGCGAGGAGGAGUCGGCCCAGGAGACCUCCACACAUCCAGUGGCGGAAGAGGAGACUGUGCCGGGACAGGAGAGCCCUCCUGGGGACACUCAGCUAUCGGACAGCCUGGUAGCCAAAGAGUAAUGGCUGGGCUGGGCUGUGUCACCCUAUCCCUUGAGUACCAGGUGGCUGCUGGUCUCUGCCCACCUUCCCACUGUCUGCAUCCCUGCCUGCAUUGGGUGAGGAGGAGGCAACCCAGGAGGGCACCGUAUGUCCUGGGGGAGAAGAGACUGUGCUGGGGCAGGAGAGAAACUGCCUGGGAGGGAACUCACCUACUGGUGGCCAAAGAAUAUCAGCUGGGCUGGCCUGUGUCACCCCGUCCCUUGGAACUGGAGUGGCUGCUGGUCCUUGCCUGUCUUUCCGCUGCCUGUACCAGGCGAGGAGGAGCUGGCUAGUGGGGGAAGGGACAGGACAGUCCUCCCAGGGGUGCUUGGCUACUGGUGGCCAUAGGGUAGUGGCUGUAUUGGGCUGUGUCACCCUGUCCUUCAGGAGCAGAGCAGCUGUGGCUGCGCUGGGCUGUUUCACUCUGUCCUUUGGGAACAGAGUGGCUGUGGCUAUGCUGGGCUGUGUCACCCUGUCACUUGGAAGGGGAGUGGCUGCUUGUCCCUGCCUGCUUUCCUGCUGCCUGCUUCCCUGUCUGCAUCCCUGCCCACAUCCCGCCUGCAUCGGGCCUGCAUCUCUCCCGCAUCCUUUCCUUAUCCCUGCCUGCAUCUUUCCUGCAUCCCUCCUACAUCCUGCCUGCAUUCCUGCCCACAUUGCGCCUGCGUCCCACCCGCAUCCCUCCCUUAUCCACGCCUCCAUCCCACCCGCUUCCCUCCCUUAUCCCCGCCCCGCAUUCCCCCCGCUCCGGCGGGCGCGGUGCCGCCAGGGGCCGCUGUGCGGGCCGGUGCUCUCCGGGCCAU